AUGCCUGACGACGGUCUGACGGCGUUUGAGCGCCGCCGCGCCGAGAACGCCAAGGCCAACAAUGCCAUCCUCAGCUCCAUCUCCAAGACGUCGGCCAAAGUGUUUGGUGCUGCAGCCAAGCCGGCCAGGGCGCCGCGGGCCCGGUCGACCAAGAACUCUACCACUGGUUCUGCCGCGCCUGCUACAAGCACGCGUUCUCGACGCAGCCACAGCGCUGCGGCUGUCGCGCCCGUCAAGCGCGAGUCGCCCAUGCCGACGCGCCGCAGUGCCCGCGUGGCCGGCAUCGAGGCCGACGCGGACUCUUCGUCGUCGCAGAAGCGCAAGGGUGGAGAGCUGGACGGACUGCGAUACGACCUCAAUGCGGUGGCAGCGGCCGAGCGCCAGAAGCGCCAGCGCGUGCACGGCGACCUCCAGCUCAGCGACAUGCAGGUCGACGGGCGGUGGCAGGGCAGCCUCGAUGGACUCGGCAGCCUGGCUCGAGGAGCACAGCCGGGCGUGCGCACGUUCACGGACGCAGACGAGACCACAGACGCAGAUCUCAAGGCGAUCCGGCUCGAGCUCGGACGGCUCGAGCUGUACGACAAGUUUGCAGUAAAGGGUGAGUUUGUUGAUCCUUUCUUUUCGUCGCCAUUUGCUGACUUCCUAGACCUCAAACUCACAAAAGACCGCAUCUAUGCCAUGGCCUUCCACCCGACCGAGGACAAGCCGCUCGUGUUUGCCGGCGACAAAGAGGGCCGGCUCGGCAUCUUUGACGCGUCGCAAGAGCCCGACGUGGCCGUCAAGGAAGAAGAUGUCGGCAGCGACGACGAGGCUGAGGCGGCCGAGCCAGUCAUCUUGGGCUUCAAGCCGCACGCUCGUACCAUCUCAGCCGUUCACGUGCUCGACAGUGACCCGGGCUCUGUCUACACGGCCUCGUAUGACACCACCAUCCGGCGGCUCGACCUGGCUGCCCAAAAGUCUGUCGAGGUCUACGUAUCAGACGGCGCUGACGACGCGGCCAUCUCGUGCAUCGACUUUGCCGCCGAUGACCCGCACCUGGUCUACUUCGCUACGCUGUCCGGCCUGCUGGGUCGCCACGACCUGCGUCUGGCCCCAACCACGGCCGAUCGCUGGCCCCGGCUGCACGACGGCCACAAGAUCGGCGGAUUCUCACUGUCUCCGCGCCAGCCGCACCUCAUCGCCACCGCCAGUCUCGACCGCACGCUGAGGGUGUGGGACCUGCGGAAGAUGGUGACGAGCGAGGACGAGGAUGGCACCACAAAGUUGCGGCCCGCCCUCCUGGCCACCGACCCUGCACGGCUGUCCGUCUCUCACGCUGCCUGGAGUCCGGGUGGUCACGUGGCCACAACGUCCUACGACGACACCGUGCGCAUCUACGACGUCGCCGGCGCGGCCAGCUGGGCGCCCGGCAAGGCGCUGGACGACGACGUGCUCACGCCGGCCCACCGCAUCGCACACAACAACCAGACCGGCCGCUGGGUGACGAUCCUCAAGCCGCAGUGGCAGCGACGGCCGCCUGGCGGCAUCGACAAGUUUGCCCUCGGAAACAUGAACCGGUUCGUCGACGUGUACGCGGCCAGCGGCGAGCAGCUCGCACAGCUGGACGGCGACGGGAUCACGGCCGUGCCGGCGGUGGCACAGCUGCAUCCGAGCCGCAACUGGGUGGCAGGAGGGAACGGCAGCGGGAAGCUGACCUUGUGGAUGUGA